GCCUUUUCUUCUGCGCGAGACGUUGCAGCGACUUCCAUUUUCUGAUCGUCUCCCGAGCAAGACGGUUAUUGCGAGCUGAUCUCCCUCUGUCAGCCGCAGCUUUAGGUUUCGUCCGUUCAACGAGCAGCACAGCCGCCUUUCGCAGUCAUAGACAUGGAUCGUGAGUAUGGACAUGGUGGUUUUGGUCAAAGACCUAUGGACUCAUAUGGAAUGGAAAAAUCAAAUGACAGGUUUGGACCUUAUGAGUCUUAUGACUCCAGGUCUUCUAUGGGUGGGCGAGAUCUGUACAGAUCUGGCUAUGGUUAUAAUGAUCCCGACCAAAGCCACUUCGGAGAUAGUUAUGAUGGUCGAUAUGAAAACCCCUACCGGAAUAGCGUUGACUCUUUUGAAGGUAGAAACCAGGGCGGGUCUAGCUGGGACUCAUCUUUCACACGCUCAAAAGUGAGGACUGGGUUUAUGGAUGAAAGAGGAAGAGACAAUUACUCUUCCUACGGCAGUUUUUCUUCACCCUAUAUGAAGCCUGCGUCAGUAGGCUCACGGGGGAGAGGAAUGCCUGCGUAUCCCGACAGUGCGUUUGGCGGCAGAAGCAAUGAUGCUUUUGGAGGACCCUCGACAGGCAGAGGCCGUGGCAGAGGACAAAUGGCAGACUAUGGUUUUAUGCGCAGAGCUGGGAUAGUUGUAGAUUAUAAGAACCAGCCCAGCAUGGGAAUGUCAAGAGGAAUGAAGAGGAAAAUGCAAACUUUUAAGCAGCCUGGUGCUUUUGGCAAAAAAGCUAAACUCUCAAAACCAGGACAGACAAAACCAACUAAAAAUGUUCCACCCCCAGCACCUGUGAAUGAAGAGGAAGAAGAGAAGCGCAGAACAGAAGCAAGACGAGAGAAGCAAAGGCGUAGAAGAGAGAAAAACAGCGAAAAAUAUGGAGAUGGGUACAGGAUGGCAUUUACAUGCUCCUUCUGCAAGUUUCGCUCAUUUGAAGAAAAGGGUAUUGAAGAACACUUGGAAAGUCCAUGUCACCAAGAGAUGUUGGAUCACAUCCAGAAACAAACCAAAUUUGAUAAGCCCGUAAUGGAAUUUUUACAUGAAUGUAUUGUUAACAAGUACAAGAAAACAGCAGCUCGGAAAACACAAUCAACCCAACAAAUUGAGGCUGCAAAGGUUGCAGAGAAAGACAUUAUGGAAGGUGUCACACCUGAGGAUCAUAUGAUGAAAGUUGAAACUGUGCACUGUAGUGCCUGCAGUGUCUAUGUUCCUGCACUUCACAGCUCUGUGCAGCUGCAUCUUAAAUCAACUGAUCAUGCAAAGAACAAAGUGGCUUAUAAGGAUCAAAUUAAGAGGGAAAGUAUUCUGACUGCUACAAGCAUCUUGAAUAAUCCACUUGUGAAGGCCAGAUAUGAACUUUAUUUGAAGGGUGAAAAUCCAUUUGAAACCCCACAAGAUACAACUGAAGUUCAGCAAGAAGAGGAGACUGCAGCUGAGCCUGGUCCAUCUGAGGCUGAGGUAGAAGACUUUACUAGUGACCCACAGGUUGCUCUAGAAGAAGAAAAUUAAACAUGGCACCAAAUCUGCUUUCUGAAUUUAAUUUUUUUCCCCUGUUGUGCCAUCCAAUUUUUAAACCUGGUCUUGUUGGCAUUAUUUGUCAGUUUUUUUUGUAUUUGAUAAGAAAAUAUUCUAAAGUAAAUGGAUUUAAUUUUGCAUAUACAUGAGUCUAUUUUUUUUCCAUGUGAUUUUAAGAUGUAAUUAUGUUUGGUUAGGGCUACCUGAGGUUAAAUGUCUGUUUUAUUUUCAGUCUACCAUGCUAGGUUCUAGUAUUUUUAACCUGAAAAUACUGUGAAUUCUUGGAAUGUAUUUGUACAACGUAAGGCAGAUUUAAUGUUUCUUGUAGAAUGACCUGUAACACAAAGUAAUGUGGCAGUGUAAAGUGUUUGGGUUUUGUUUUUUUUACAUUGUUUUGCAUUGUUUGCUACUUGGGUCCUAGUAUCGGAUAACAAUAAAUCUCAAACUUCAAUAACUGGCUUGUUCUCAUUCUUGUCACACAAAUUGAAGCAAGCUGUCUUUAUUCCAUAUUGCAUAUUUUAGUUAAUCUAAUGAAAUUGCAGUGACAAAUUUUGGACUUAACAUGACUGUUCCUUAAAAGGGUCAAUAAAAUCUUAACUUCAAAUUCCAA